CUGCAUGUCGGAAUCGAGGAUACACAAUCGACGUGUCGUCCGUGAAACCGCCAUGAAGACCGCGUCCCUUUUUCUUGUCCACUGCUUAAUCGCCGCCGGCUUUGCCAAGCCGACGGUGUUCCUUGGCUAUCAGGACAGCCUGGGCCAGUACAGUUUCGGCUAUAGCGCACCAGGAUCGGCCAGGUCGGAGGUCAGGACAUCCAACGGCGCGACCAGAGGCACUUACAGCUACGUCGACGAAACCGGUGUGAUCCAGACCGCGCAAUAUGUCGCCGACAGCGAGAACGGGUUCCGGGUGUUCGCCACGAAUCUUCCGCAGGCACCGCUUCCGGUUCAGGACACGCCGGAAGUGAUGGCCGCACGCACGGCGCACCUUCAAGCCCUGGAACUGGCGACGCGAAGGAAUGAACAGGCUCAGAGUCAGGAGAAUGCGCAGGAAAGAAAGUCCGAGGGCAAUCAAGGUGACGCGAGUGUCAGCAAAACGCAAGAACAAUUGGAAGCCAAGAAAGUUCAAGACAACGCGAAGAAGAUCGAGGAAAAGAAUAACGAGGAGAGUUUGCAAGCGGUUGCUUCCAGAAGCGGAAUCGAUAAAGCGAGCGACAAGAACUCGCAGGAGAUCCGUGAGGAAUCCUCCGGAAGAGUGACGGAGGAAAUUGUCAAUGGUGCAAACAUCCCAGCGAUUCCAUUAAUUUCCUCUCGCGUGUUACCUCAAAUAUCGGGCGGAAAUGCAGUGCCGAUAUUCCGCAUCUCUCAUGGAAGCCAUGAGAUCGAGCCUUCCUCCAUACCAGAGACACCGAUUCAAGGCACUUCCGGCGCGAUCACGCCAGCGGCGACGAUUUUGAAGAGCACGGCAAUUUCUGGCAAUCAAGUAGCAGUAACGCCAGAGAAGGAACAACAGAAGCAACGAGCGAAUGAACCAGUUGUCAAUGCGAUUGCGCCAUCGAGUGUAAUUCCGCUGAGUUCGUCGCAUUCGAGUUUCAUCAGAUACGAAUCACCGUUCCUUCAUUAUGUCGUUUACAACAUUCUGUGAAUACGAUAGAAUACAUACCUUGGGAGAGAUGCGGCGAUUUUCAUGGAAUGAAAAAUCUGGAAUAAAAUCUCAGACGAAAUAAACAGAUUAAAUCGUUUUCUUUUUCUUACA